AUGUGGCAAACCCGCCCCCUCAAAGACCGUUACCGUGUGGUCAUCAUAGGCGGGGGCGUGCACGGGCUUUCCACCGCCUACUACCUCACCAAGCUGGGCGUCACAGACAUCGCCGUGCUCGACAAGGGCUAUCUUGGCGGUGGCGCCAGCGCCCGCACCACUGCCAUCAUCCGCUUCCAACUACCUCACGCUCGAGGGCCGCGCGAGCCGCAGCAAGAACAUGCAGCUUUCUCGUCGAGCGCCACCGGGAAACUCUACCACGACCUGAUCAAACCCUUCGCCCUCUCCCGCUUCCACGAGGGCAAGCUGGUAAACGAACGGGCCGCCGCUCCCGCCGCCGCCAUCCACUAG